CUAUUCCUCCUUUGGCCUCGUCGGCUCCUCGCGACUAGUCCGGCUAUUGUUGUGCCUCUUUCAGGGCAACCCUGACCUAUCAGCGGGCGGUGAUUUCUGGAUAUUUUAAUGACUUUGGCUAGCUUUAACCCCGCCAUAUUAAGGAGCCUUUGUCAGCUGGCAGUUUAUUGUCUUCCUAGUGGAAUAUUUGGGUUCUGAGCGGAAGACUUUGGGCUGGUGAAGUAGUUAAUCGGUAUGGGACAGACAGAAGACUGAGAUUCCACGUUAGAGACUGCUGGUGUCGGCUGUUUCCACUUUGGAUUGUCGACGGGAAAAACAAAAAACCGUGGGUGAAAAAGGAUCACAGGACGCAUGUAGCCGCAAUACAACGCUUCAAAGGUCGCUUUUAAGGCUCGACGAUGGGUUGUGUCAGGAGUAAAGAAGACAAGAGCUCUGCGCUUAAGUACCGACCCGACAAUACAAAUGCCACUCUAGUUAACGCCCACCUGGGCCACUAUGGGCCCGACCCCACCCUGAUGGGUCACUCGCCAGCCAUGAAGAUGCACAACAACAGCUACAACAGCCAUGCUGCCUCCCUUACACCGUUCGGUGGGGCGUCCUCAGUCAUGACGCCCUUUGGCGGGGCGUCCACGUCCUUCACCUCUGUGGCUGUGAGCAGCCCCUUCCCAAGUGUCAUCACAGGAGGUGUGACGUUCUUUGUAGCGCUGUACGACUACGAAGCAAGGACGUCAGAUGAUCUGUCAUUCAAAAAAGGGGACCGCUUCCAGAUUAUCAACAACACGGAAGGGGACUGGUGGGAGGCUCGCUCCAUCAACACCGGACAGAAAGGUUACAUCCCUAGUAACUACGUGGCUCCAGCAGACUCCAUACAGGCUGAAGAAUGGUACUUUGGUAAAAUGGGCCGCAAAGAUGCAGAGCGACUCUUGUUGCUUCCAGGGAACCAGCGGGGUACUUUCUUGGCAAGAGAAAGUGAAACAACCAAAGGUGCCUACUCGCUGUCCAUCCGGGACUGGGACGAAGUGAAGGGAGACAAUGUCAAACACUACAAGAUUCGAAAGCUGGAUAACGGUGGUUAUUACAUCACCACUCGCGCCCAGUUCGAGACGCUACAGAAGCUGGUGAAACACUACACAGACCUCAAAUGGGAGAUUUCACUUGAUGAACAUGCAGAUGGUCUGUGUUACAGGCUGACGACUGUGUGUCCCACAGUGAAGCCUCAGACUCAGGGACUAGCUAAGGAUGCCUGGGAGAUUCCCAGAGAGUCCCUCCGACUGGAGGUUAAACUGGGCCAGGGCUGCUUCGGAGAAGUCUGGAUGGGUACAUGGAACGGCACUACCAAGGUGGCCAUUAAGACCCUAAAACCCGGCACCAUGUCCCCAGAGGCCUUCCUCCAGGAGGCUCAGAUAAUGAAGAAACUGCGACAUGACAAACUGGUCCCUCUCUACGCAGUGGUGUCUGAGGAACCCAUUUACAUUGUCACUGAGUUCAUGGGCAAAGGAAGUUUACUGGAUUUCCUGAAGGAAGGAGAUGGUAAAUACCUGAAGCUACCCCAGCUGGUGGACAUGGCUGCACAGAUUGCAGACGGCAUGGCCUUCAUAGAGCGGAUGAACUACAUCCACAGGGACCUUAGAGCUGCCAACAUUCUGGUGGCUGAUAACCUGGUGUGUAAAAUCGCAGACUUCGGCCUGGCACGGCUUAUCGAGGACAACGAGUACACCGCCAGACAAGGAGCUAAAUUUCCCAUCAAGUGGACGGCUCCUGAAGCAGCUCUGUACGGCCGCUUUACUAUCAAAUCAGACGUCUGGUCGUUUGGUAUACUACUGACUGAACUGGUGACCAAGGGCAGAGUACCAUACCCAGGCAUGGUGAAUCGAGAGGUACUGGAGCAGGUGGAGCGAGGGUACCGCAUGCCCUGCCCCCAGGGCUGCCCCGAGUCUCUCCACGAGAUGAUGAGGCACUGCUGGAAGAAAGAACCAGAUGAGAGGCCCACCUUCGAGUACAUCCAGUCCUUUUUGGAAGACUACUUCACAGCCACAGAGCCACAGUACCAGCCAGGGGAUAACCUCUAGUCUGGUGGUACUGGGAUGGGGGGGGGGCGGGGCGGGGCGGCGGGAGAACUUUGGGCCUUUUUAUGGAGGUAAAGUACAUCAAAGCUGGAACAACACAGAGCAACAAAGCCACAGAAAUAGGAAACUUGUCGCUGAAGCCAUGGAGGAAAAAGCAGGUGUCAGUGCUACAAACUAAUCCGCAGCCGCACGGGCAAGUCUGCAAGUACAAGAAAAAAAGUUUUCUGAAGUUGAGUUUCGUCCCUCGUGUACCCAGGGACCAAAUAUUCUGGGAGGUGUCCAAGUGUGCAGAUUGGUGCUGGUACUUAAAGCACUGGGAGCCCUGCUAAUCAGAACAAACCAUAUGGACUGGCCACAACACUGUGAUCAAAAAGAGGGAUUUUUACACUCAAAGUCAAACUAAUGGCCACUUGCAGAUGUAGUUUUUCUAGAUUUUUUUUUUUUUUUUCAAAUUAUGCAUUUUUCCACUGUCCUCUUAAAAAAUAUUUUACAAACCACAAUUCUCUGAUGUGGGAGUUGAAAUAUUUUCUAUGAAAUACCCAUUUGGUUUGAAUUUGUAGGUUAAUACUUGUGUUUUUGUUUUUUUUUUCCCAAGUGACCAAUAACUGUGGUUGAAUUGUUAAGUAUGUGCUGUGACUGUAAAGCUAAAGAAUGAGUAGAAUGACCUGUGUGGAUGCAAGAAUGUACGGAGAGAUCAAUGCAUGUGCAACAAAAGUAUUUUAAGCAGGUGUAAUCAGGUGGAUGAAUGAGAAUAAGUCAUUUGUAUGAUUUUUUAAUUAUUAUUAUUAUUAUUAUUAACUCCGUCACUUGAACGGCAAAUCACAUGGAUUCAUUUUGAUUUUACUUUUUUUUUUUUUCAUUUAAACGGGGACUUGAAAUCAUAAAGAGGUAUUUUGAUAAAACAUUUUACCUGUUAACAUUUUAUAAAUGUUUUAAAAUGGACAUUUCAGCUGUGAAAUUUAUGUAAGAUUGAGCUCAUUUCUGUCUGAAAUAAGCCUUUUGUCUGUCGUCGGGUGCACAAUACUGAUCGCUGUAUAAAGACUCUAACACGUCUGUCCUCACGUGGCGCACAUCUACACAGAGUAACAUCACAGUAGACGGUACAGGAAACUGUAGGUCCUCUAGUUUACGUCAGAUUCACCACAUCCUCGUACGAACUGUCAAAUGUUUCAGUAAAACUCGUGAGCAGAUAAACCCUUCACACAUCCACCUCCGCUGCAGAGGAAAGUUUUAUCAAAUGCCUACCACACAAAAUGAAUCUCCUGAAUAGAAAAUGCAAUUAUGCAAAUCCAUCCGCUCGUGUUUCUAUGGAACAAAUGGUAUUGGUCGAUGUCAAACUUCCCCUUCAGAUGAUGGAUGACUUUGGGAGUGAGCUAUAACAAAAGCAGACAAAACCUUGCACAGCCUGUGGUCCCGUCGAGGCUUUUCCACAUUUCUAACCAUCAACAGUAAUAAGAGGCGGUACGUGUGGAAGACCAUGUACAGACCUCUACUAAUGAUUCAAACUCUUAUUAUUUAGGAAUUAUGCUCAAAGAUUGGAUAAAGAUAUGAACAUUUGUUUUGUAUUUCCUUCUCUGCUUCACUCAUGAGAAGCUAAUGUGUGAUUGUUGAUUUAAAAAAAAAAAAAAAAAAAAAACGGGGACUUGAACUAGCUGGGAGAUGAAAUUACUCAGAAUGGUAACUAAUAUGAUUUUGUACAGGCAGAAAUAAAAGUUUUACUCAAA